GGCUCGCCGUGGCCGCAGGCGCUGUGUUGUAUUUCUUUGCCGAUACCGAACAAACCCAUCUUUGCUGGAGAAAUAUCUGGGAGUCUAUUUGUUUCAAGUCAACAAGAGGUGAAGGAGCAGCACUUCAUAAGAACAGAAAUAGCAGGCUGCAGGUGACGAGCCCUCACUCAGGCUCAGGUGCUGGGCAGGUGAUUCCCGUCCUGUGUUCAACCUGCUAUGUUCCUCCCCACGUGGGCUUGGCCCUAAAGACAAACGUGCUGAGUGCAUGUACUUCUCCAAGCCCCUCUACAGCCGCCACAUCUCUGUGGUUAAACAGAGUUUGCUGCAUGACGCAACAGGACCUGGGAGCAGAUGAGAGGAUGCUGUGAGCACCGAAUCAACUACAUGGACCGAGAGGCUCACCGCGGCCAAGGCCAGGGCAGAGAAGGGCGUGUCCUCCGCAGGUUUCACCACUACCGUGCAGCCUGCUGCCAGGGCGGCCCCCACCUUCCUCGUGAUCAUGGCGCUGGGGAAAUUCCACUGGAUCAGAAGAGAGAGGAGGUGUUCUUUGAUAAGUGAUAACAAAGAUCCAAUUUCAAGUUGCAUCUAACAAGGUGUGCGGAGUCAUAAAUUGUGAGACAAAAGGUCUGUGGAACAGCUGUUAUUAUUUAUGGUAUGAUAUGCAUAAUUCGAGCUUUAAGAUCACCAUCAUUUCUAUGAAGAGUUAAACCUAAUGUUUCCCAUGGGAUACUGAAAGAGAAGUUGGUUCCAGCUGAUCAUCAUAAAAGCUUUCCCAGCCCUUGUGGCUUCAGAGGCUAAGGAAACAGGGUAACCAGAUGUACGUGUGGAAAGAUGCAGGAGAAAUCGGCUCUUGUAAGAUUCUGGUCAGGAGUGCUGAUGGCACUGGGCUCCCUCUGCCCGAGAAGUUCACCGUGUGGCAUUUCAACACACAUAGAAAUAGGUCACAGAGCUCUGGAGUUUUUCCACCUUCAGGAUAGGACUAUUAACUACAAAGAGCUGUUACUUGAACACCAGGAUGCGUAUCAGGCUGGAACCGUGUUUCCUGACGUCUUUUACCCCAGUAUCUGCGAAAACGGACAAUUCCAUGAAGUGUCAGAGAGCACUCACUGGACUCCAUUUCUUAAUGCAAGCAUUCAUUAUAUCCGGGAGAACUAUCCCCUUCCCUGGGAUAAGGACACAGAGAAAUUGGUAGCUUUCUUGUUUGGAAUUACCUCUCACAUGGUGGCAGAUGUCAGCUGGCAUAGCCUGGGUAUUGAACAAGGAUUCCUUAGGACAAUGGGAGCCAUUGAUUUUCACGGCUCCUAUUCUGAGGCACAUCCGGCUGGUGAUUUCGGAGGAGACGUGUUGAGCCAGUUUGAGUUUAAUUUCAAUUACCUCUCACGGCACUGGUAUGUGCCUGUUGAAGAUCUCCUGGAAAUUUAUAAGAAACUCUAUGGCCGAGCAGUCAUCACCAAAAAUGCCAUUGUUGACUGUUCAUACCUUCAGUUCUUGGAAAUGUAUGGUGAGAUGCUAGCUAUUUCCAAGCUUUAUCCCACUUAUUCUAGAAAGUCCCCAUUUUUGGUGGAACAAUUUCAAGAAUACUUCCUAGGAGGACUGGAUGAUAUGGCAUUUUGGUCCACUAAUAUUUACCAUCUAACAAGUUUCAUGUUAAAGAAUGGGACCAGUAACUGCAACCUACCUGAGAACCCUCUGUUUAUCACAUGUGGCAGCCAGCAAAACAAUACCCACAGCAGCUCAAAAGUACAGAAAAAUGAUUUUCAUAGAAACGUGACUGCAGCCCUAACUAAAGAUAUUGGAAAAAAUAUAAACUAUACCAAACGAGGAGUGUUCUUUACUGUGGAUUCCUGGACCAUGGAUUCCUUAUCUUUCAUGUACCGGUCUUUGGAGAGGAGCAUACAGGAAAUGUUUACUGGCAGCUCUCAGCCACUGAAGCAUGUUUCUAGCCCCUCAGCAUCUUACUACUUGUCAUUUCCCUACACAAGGCUAGGUUGGGCGAUGACCUCGGCUGACCUCAACCAGGAUGGGCACGGUGACCUGGUGAUGGGCGCCCCGGGCUACAGCUGCCCCGGCCACGUCCACGUGGGGCGGGUGUACCUCAUCUAUGGCAGCGACCUGGGCUUGCCCCUCGUCGACCUGGACCUAGACAAGGAGGCCCAUGGGAUCCUGGAGGGUUUCCAGCCCUCAGGUCGGUUCGGCUCUGCCGUGGCCGUGCUGGACUUUAACAAGGACGGCGUGCCUGACCUGGCCGUGGGAGCCCCCUCAGUGGGCUCCGAGAAGCUCACGUACACAGGUGCGGUGUACAUCUACUUCGGUUCCAAACAAGGAAGACUGUCUUCUUCCCCCAACGUCACCAUCUCUUGCCCGGACACCUACUGUAACUUGGGCUGGACACUCUUGGCCGCAGAUGUGAAUGGAGACAGUGAACCUGACCUGGUGAUUGGCUCCCCUUUUGCUCCAGGUGGAGGGAAACAGAAGGGAAUUGUGGCUGCAUUUUAUUCUGGCCCCAGCCACAGCGACAAAGAAGAGCUGAAUGUGGAGGCGGCCAACUGGAUGGUGAGAGGCGAGGAGGACUUCGCCUGGUUAGGAUACUCCCUUCAUGGUGUCAGUGUCAACAACAGGACCUUGCUGUUGGCUGGGAGCCCGACCUGGAAGAACGCCAGUAGUCUGGACCAUUUGUUCCACACUCGUGAUGAGAAACAGAGCCCUGGACAGGUAUCUGGAUAUUUCCCGCCAAAUUGUCAAAGCUGGUUUACCAUUUCUGGAGAUAAGGAAAUGGGGAAACUGGGUACCUCCCUGUCCAGCGGCCAUGUGAUGAUGAAUGGGACCCGUACACAAGUACUGCUGGUUGGGGCCCCGACUCAAGAUGUCGUGGCUAAGAUGGCAUUCCUGACCACGACCCUGCACCAAGGUGGAAGCACUCGGAUGUAUGAACUGCCACCCGACUCGCAGCCUUCUCUGCUUAGCACCUUCGGUGGAGACCGCCGCUUCUCCCGAUUUGGUGGCGUUCUGCACUUGAGUGACCUGGAUAACGAUGGCUUAGAUGAAAUCAUCAUGGCAGCCCCACUGAGGAUCACAGAUGUAACCUCUGGACUGAUGGGGGGAGAAGAUGGCCGUGUCUAUGUGUAUAAUGGCAAACAGGUCACCUUCGGCGACAUGACAGGCAAAUGCAAAUCAUGGGUAGCUCCAUGUCCAGAAGAAAAGGCCCAAUACGUAUUGAUUUCUCCUGAAGCAGGCUCAAGGUUUGGGAGCUCUAUAAUCACUGUGAGGUCAAAGAAAAAGAACCAAGUUGUCAUUGCUGCUGGCAAGAGUUCUCUGGGAGCCCGACUCUCUGGGGCACUUCACAUCUACAGCCUCGGCCAAGAUUAAAGGUUUCACUCCGUUCUCCUAACCUGCCCCUCCCUCUCUCAUGCCAAGUCAUCUCCAGGGUGAGCGUUCUGGUGGACAGAGUGGUGCAUCCAGUGGAGCCUUGUAGAUCCUACCACAGGUGGGGCUCCUGGGGGUGGAGACAUACACACUAACAGCCAAACUAUCUGGAAAUAGGAUACAGUAAAUGUGGACAACAUCAGAAGCAUGUGAAACAGCAAAGACUCUGGUUAGUCAUGUCCCCUUCCAAAGUUUGUUUCCUUUGUACCUAAACUUAUUCCUAACUUGUUUCCUGUGCUCAGACUUGCCGUACAACCUAUUUCCUCUUCCACAUGAGUACCUGUGUCUUUCUGAUGACUGGAAAGGCCCCUCUCUGGUUAUCUCUUAGGAAAACCUCUAACACAAUUCUUCCUAAAAAUGUCCUUUUAAAGUUGGUGACCCAUUCCAAUCAAACUGAAAGGAGGAGAAAAGUAAGGGGUGAGGCAUAACCUCACAACUCCAAAAUCAUGCUGCAAAUGAUGUGGUCCUUUCUUAUGAGGAUGAUUGUAUUUUCAAUGUUUCAUAUAGUGAAAGACAAAUAUAAAAAGGAAAACAUCAUCUUACUGCGCCCUCAGAUGCUUUCGGAGAAAUGACUGUUCUAACAGCAGAUGAACCUAGUGAACAGGCCUGAAGUCAUCCCACGAAGCCUUGGGUGCGUUAGGCUGCCACAAGCUGUGCCAACAGAACUAGAGCAGAAAGAGGAGAGAUCUGUCCUGAGCCGGAGGCUGCUGCAAGGGACCAAGAGGAGUGAAGCAGGCCUUGGCCGCCCUUGUUUCUGGGCUGGUUUUAGCAGAGUAGAUCUCAUCUGCCAGUCCUGAAGGGUGGCAUAUUUAAGGGAAAGGAAACAUACCAUAGGAUUUCAGCUUCACUAAAAAUCUGCAGGCAUUGUUAUCCAUAAACAGUAACUAGUUGAUUAUCAGUCAGGGUAGAACCUCUUUCUUCUGACACUAGUGAAAUGAUACUAAAAAGCAGGAGAAAAUAAAAAAUGACCAGAGCCCUUCUCUUAGCUUCUCUAGAGACAGUACAGAGACUGGUCAAAGGAGACAGGAAUUCAGCUGAAGAGUAAGCUAAAUCAGAAAUCAAGGAAAAGCUAGUAGAAUUACAACUGUGAGCAUAAGGUGAGUAUGUAUAUAGGAAAACAGCAUAAACAGGCACAUACCUAGAUAGGACCUCUGGAUCACUCCUGGGACUGGCUCAUCUUUCUUAAAGAGGUAUACUAGCUGCAUGGUUCCCCUAUGGCACAGCAAAAAGCACACAGAAACACCGUGUGGUUUUUGGUUAACAAUUAUUGGCAGCUCAGCCUAUUUGGGCAGCUCAACCUAUUUGAAGAAUUAUUUUUAAUUAAAAGGAAGUUUAUUUUUAGGGGACCAGAAAUUAGUUGUAAUUAUGAGCUUUUAUGAAUUGAGAAGUCUGAGUGUAGAACAAGCUAAUGACACUGCAUUUUAGUGAAGGCAUGUUUUCACUAUUGGAUUAGAAGGAUGCAUACCUUCAUAUUGCCAUUAUUACAGAAAGUGUUAUGCUUUACUAAAUGAUAGGGCCUAUGUUUAAACAUGAUUAUUCUUUACCUGAGGAUUUUAUUUUCUCAAUGCCUGAACAUACCACAUAGCAAGCAGCAGCAGUAGAAGGUUAAAAUUUACAGUGUUAGAAGCAGGUUUUCAUAUAGGAUAUUAAACCAUACUAACCCCAUAUUCAAAAUUAUAUAAAUUGUAUUUCUGUGUAUAUGGCAAGUAUGUGAAAACCCAGCAUACAGGAAAAAAGUCUAAUGCCUGACAGUCUAAUGUAUUAUCCUAAUAGGUGGAUUAAAUUUUCACUCUACUAAGUAUUAACUGUAGUUCUAAACAUUGAUUCUGAAAUACUUAACAAAAAUACCUUAAUCUCUCCUGAACACAAAUCUGAACUUAAACAAUUUAACUCAAAAUUACCUUUAAGAUAUCAGAACACAUUUACAUAUUUGCAAUUUUUAUCUAUUACCUGUAUAUGCCAAAACUUUCAUCAAGGCUUCAAGACUGGAAUUGCUCUAUGCCUUUGUAUCACAGACCUACAGAGAUUUGAAGUGAGUUUGGGAAUUAACUCAGAUCUCUGAAUUCCCUAUUCCGUGCUCCAUCUGCAUAGAUAUUACUAAGGUAAUGACAAUAAAUCCUGAAUUUAAAGUGAGUUUAAUAUUGCAAUUCCAAAACAUAAAGCUUGUACAACUCUUGGAAUAACUCACCAAAACAAACAGCUUUUUAAUAUGACUAUUUAGUGGUUAUCAGUCUUUAUCAAGGAUGAAGCAAGUGUUAACAGCAUCUUAAUGACGUCUAUUCUUGCCACAUUUUCUUAAAGGCCUUACAAAGGCAAUCUGUUAAGAAUAUCAUUCCUUGUACUUAUACAUGUUAAACAGAAUACGACGGCCUGCUUACUCAUAACAAUGUUUGGUAUUCUUUCACCUUACUUACAAAUAGUUUAUGUACUCCGUCUCUUUAAUAUAAGAAGCAUCCUGCUACCUAUCACCAAAGCAGAGCUAGCUGACAUCUGGAAAUCAUACUUGAUUUAACCACCUUCAAGAAGUUAAUAAACCAUUAGUACCUUCCCUUUAUCAGACUUAUGAGGUAGUUGCAUUUAUUUUCCCGUUUACUGAUGAGACAUGACUCAUCAAAACUUUAUGUGAGCCCACAAACUAAGCAACAUCAGAAAGAAGAAAAGACCAAACUUCUAUCCUAUGCCUGAUCUUAACCAAAUCAAAUUUGGCCCUCUGGACUUCCAAUUCUUCAUAUGUCACAGUUAAAUGAUAUUUAUUACCUUAUUUUACAGUGAUGACCUAAGAUCAAAAAUAUCAGCAGAGCGCUCUGAGGCAUACCAAAGAAGAGUGCCCUGUGAAAUCUAAAUAUUGUCAAAGAUACUUCAUCUUGGAAAUCAUCAAACAGAUGUAUGAUGCUAUUCACAUUGCAACAACCACACCAUAAAGUGUGCUCCAAGACAAGCCCAGCCUGUUUCAUGCUAUUCUAAUGUCCUCUCAUAACCAGACAUGGGAACAAGGAAAACUUAAUACUUGUAACUUUGUUUUCUUUCAAAUCAGCUACUAGAAGAGCAUUUUUAUUCCUAGCACUAAACCACCUGGUAAAUGGACCCCUAAACUCCCUCAUAUGACAUAUUAGGGUAUCAGGUAUCCUCCAACAACAUCAGGGUAUACAUAUUUAUUUUAUUACUAAAUUUCUAGUGCAAGAGCUGCUCUGAACACUCUAGAAUCUUCUAUGCAUCUUUUGGAGGCAGAUAUAACUGUCAUGUUCUAUUGCAUAACUGUACUUAACCUCCAGAAAAUAAUUUGGGUUGGCCAAAAAGUUCAUCCAGGUUUAUAAACCCAACAUUAAAAGAGGCAGAAGAUGUUAAGUAGGAUAGGAGCUUUUUUUUUUGUUGUUGUUGUUGCAGUACAUGGGCCUCUCACCAUUGUGGCCUCUCCCGUUGCGGAGCACAGGCUCCGGAUGCGCAGGCUCAGCAGCCAUGGCUCACGGGCCCAGCUGCUCCGCGGCAUGUGGGAUCUUCCUGGACCGGGGCAUGAACCCGUGUCCCCUGCAUCGGCAGGCAGACUCUCAACCACUGCGCCACCAGGGAAGCCCCAGGAUAGGAGCUUUGAGACAUACAAAUAUCAGUCAUUUGUUUUAAACCCAAAUCUGAUUGUGAAAACAAAAAGGUAUCACAAUUUUAAAGUUUAUCUACCCUCUUGUUUUAGGAAGCCCAUCUGUCAACCUCUGAGGUGUAGGCAAAUAGAUUAACUAGGCUACAUAUAUUUUCCUUUUUGGGGUGACAUGUCUAUCUGUUCUAAAAACCAGGGAAUGACCAAAACAGCUAUAAAGCAGUAAUAGAAUGGAAAUUCUUUCAGCUCAAUUUCCAAAAGCUUUAAUUAUAGUCAAGCAAAGAAAAAUAGUUUCAUUGGUUGAGGAAGUAAAAUUCUGAUUAACUGGAAUCUAUAUAAAGCUGACAUUAAACUCAUUUCUUUUUUUUUAUUCCUUAUAUAAAAAGGGGGCAAAUACAAGAAAAUUAGGUUAUGUCAAAGACUGGUUUAAAGCACAAACUCCCAGAGUUUGUUUUAAGGUUAAUAUAUAUUCUGCUAGCUUUUCAGUCACCUGAGAGUGACAAAUUCACAAGAAUGUGAUUCCUUGUACUAAGAACUAUGGUUACCUGUUCUCAUAACUGUGGGCUUGUCAAGUUUCCAGGCUUCAUUUGGCAUGAGGUUGCACUUUUGUUGACAUGUAUAAAUUAAAUAAAA